UGCGACUUCGUUCUGGAUUCACUACAACUUUUUUUUUCUCCGGGCGCUGUAUCAGCCAAACGAAUAGCCCUUCUCUGGCAUAUCAUACAUCACGCAGGACUUCAACAGCCCCAAUUGUAUCUCCGGCACGUCGAGCGACUGUCUGCAAUGCCGAGAAUCUCUGGCUCCAACUAGUAAUCGCUUCACCACCCAACGCGCCGUCGCCGCCUCUCGCAACUCAUCCCCCCCGUUUUCUCUCUCGCCUUCCCGUUCCUUCUUUCCUUCCCCACCCAACACAACAGCUCUUGCCCCUACAUGCGCACCGACUUGGCUAAAUCGCAAAUUGCUCAUUUUCCACCUCUCGAUUUUUCUCUGAGCAUCCGCCGCUGCUCGAGGCUUUGGACGACACGAACCGCGAAUACCGUUACACAUCCCUCGCCUCGCGCGCUCGCCCUACCGAGGGUUCCCGCACUUGCUUGAUGGAGGAUGAAGCGCUGGCGACGGUGAAGAUGGAGGAGGUAAAGAUUGAGGAUGGUGUUCCGCCCAAUGGUGUCAACAUGGAGCGAGAUCCAAGCAGAACAUCGGCGCAGAAGAGGAGUACCCAGGGGUCCCGCUCUGCUAGCAUGUCGCCCAGUGAGGGCAUGGCCAACAGCGAAGGCAUCUCGACGCCAGGAGGCACGCAGCGACCGAAACUGUCACGCAAAGCAUCGCAGAAGCCCGUCAAGCGCGAGUCGCCUCUAUUCCACGAUCUGCCAGACGUCACGGAGCAAUCGUGCAGUACCUUCCAGGUCAUACCCGAUUGUCUGUAUGGAUCCAAGCACAUGGGCUCGACCGACAACGAUGCUCUUGACUGCGACUGCCGUUCCGAGUGGCAUGAAGGAAAAAAUUUAUCGUGCGGCGAAGACUCCGACUGCAUCAACAGGGCGACGAAGAUGGAGUGCCUCGCUGGCGCCGGCAACUGUGGUGAUGGCUGCCAGAAUCAGAGAUUUCAGCGGAAGCAGUUCGCUGAUGUUUCAGUUAUCAAGACGGAGAAGAAGGGCUUCGGCCUCCGCGCCAACAUUGAUAUGCAGGCUAACGACUUCAUUUUCGAGUACAUUGGCGAGGUCAUUAACGAGCCAACCUUUCGACGACGGAUGAUACAGUACGAUGACGAGGGCAUCAAGCAUUUUUACUUCAUGUCGCUGACCAAGCACGAAUUCGUCGAUGCGACAAAAAAGGGCAACCUGGGGCGCUUUUGCAACCACUCAUGCAACCCGAAUUGCUACGUCGACAAAUGGGUCGUCGGAGAAAAGCUGCGCAUGGGUAUUUUCUCCUCACGCAAAAUCAAAGCCGGUGAGGAGUUGGUGUUCAACUACAAUGUUGACCGCUAUGGAGCCGACCCCCAACCCUGCUACUGUGGCGAGUCGAAUUGCACUGGAUUCAUUGGUGGCAAGACGCAGACCGAGCGGGCGACCAAGUUGCCCCUUACUACAGUGGAGGCACUCGGCAUUGACGACGGUGAUGCCUGGGACACAGCGGUGGCCAAGAAGCCACGCAAAAAGAAGCCUGAGGAAGACGAUGAGGAGUACGUUAAUAGCGUGCAGGCUAGAAGCCUCGACGAUGACGAUGCGCGCAAGGUCAUGGCGACUCUGAUGCAGUGCAAGGAGAAAUGGAUUGCUGUCAAGCUGUUGCAGCGCAUUCAGCAGUGUGAGGAUGAGCGGGUCAUCCACUCCGUCAUGCGCAUGCAUGCCUACCAAAUUCUCAAGACAACGCUCAACACCUUUAUCGACGACCACAACGUCGUUCUCCAAGCUCUCGAUAUCCUCGACAAGUUUCCGCGACUGACCCGAAACAAGAUUGAGGGCUCCAAGAUUGAAGCCACCAUUGGUGUACUCACUCAGUCAGAACAUGAGGAGGUCAGCGCGAAAUCGAAGAAGCUGUUGGACGAGUGGUCCAAAUUGGAGCUCGGUUACCGCAUCGGGAAGCGAAAGUUUGACCCCAACACAUCUGCCACAAACUCCUUCCAAGAGAGGCGCAACAUGGAUCGUGAAGAGGACGUGACUGCGAAAUCGACCCCUGACCCCCUUCAGAAUGUCGAGAUUCCCAAAGGACCUCGGAGCAACAUUCCUCAACGGAACACACAUUUCUUUAAUGGCCCUCCACGCCAACGAAGACACCAGAACUUCAACGGUCAUGGAGCAUUACCACUCGGAUGGUUCACAGCGACGGAUCAGCGUGGGAACACGUACUUUUACAGCAAGAGUGGUGCUACGACCUGGCAACGUCCCACCAAGCCCGCCGACGCUCAAAAGUCGACGCCCAAGGCCUUGCAAGAGCAGCAGCUGCUUAAGAAUAUUAUCGACCAAGUCACCAAGGAGCAAACCCCCAGACCUUCGGCAUCACAGACACCUCAACGUGCAGAGACUCCUGUUCAGGAGAACAAGCAGGAAAAGUGGCGCUCUCUUAGCAUCGACAAACAGAUGAAGAUCUAUGAGAACACACUCUUCCCCCACGUCAAGUAUGUCGUCGAUAAGUACAGACACAAGCUUCCCAAGGACGAUCUAAAGCGGCUCGGCAAGGAUGUCUGCAAGAAACUUGUCUCCUCAGAUUACAAGCGCAAUCGAAUCCAAGACCCCACGACUCCACUUGACCAGAAGCAAGCUAGAAAAGUCAAGGCGUACGUGAAGGACUUCUUGGACAAGGCUAUUGUGAAGUUCAGACAUCUCGAGAAGGAGAAGGCGACUCCCGAAGGCGACAUGGACAAGUCAAAGGACCCCGCCACUUCGACCAACAAGGAGAUUGAUUCACCAGCCGACGACGUUGUGCUGUCCGACAAUGAGGACGGCGGAUCGGUGGGUAGUCCUGAGCGCAAACGGAAGCGUGAGGAGGAGGCAGCUGAGUCACAAACCCUGACUCCCUCCGACGAACCAUCUGUGAAGCGCCUUAGAGAGUUUGAUGCGGAUGGUGCAACACCACCACCUCCACCCCCGCCGCCUCCUGCUGACCCGGCACCUACUGCUACCCCUGAGGAGCCGCUAUCAGAAGAACAAAGGGCUCUGAAGGAGCAGGAGGAGGCUCUAAUGCGAGAGAACGAGGAGUCUGAACGCUUGGAAGAAGAAGAGCUUUCCAAAGCUAUGGACAUUGGAAGCACCCUGAAUGGUCACCCUCCGGUAAAUGGAGGAGGAGCUGUCGAUGAGUCCGCCAUUGCCAACACCGGCAAUGAAGUGGCUCGGCAGCAAGAGGUUAUGGGUCACUAGACACAACCACGACACAACGCCUACCCCAGGCUUGGGACGUUGUCCUUGGAAGCUAGGGAUACCCAGAUUGUGCGACUUUCCAACGGAGGUGGGGCGUCAACUAAGUGAACAAGCCGAAGUGAAGGGAACUCUCUCGGCCUUGUAUGUAUAAGCAGGCAUGUUGCAUUUUUCUCGUUCUGGAAGGGAACCAGCAGACCCCUACCCAAGCAAAACAAAGGAUCUCUCAGAUACUUUGGUUUUUGUUUAGGGUGUUUUGUUACGAUUAUAAUGUGGAUAUUUUCGGUCAUGGACAAGAAAAAAGAACUGGUUGUGGCCAAGUGAAAGAGCUGUACCUAGGCCAUUGUGUCAAUUUCUUUUCUUUCUUUUUUCUUCACCGACACCCAGGCUAUGUUGGCUUUUGGGUGGAGUUGGAAGUAUGGGAAUAGGGCAGCAUGGCAUCAUCCCCGAUGGCGGGCGGGCAUUGGGUUCUCUUUUUUUUUCUCUCCAACGAGAUUUGGGCACCGUGACGACGAAAAAGUCAUACCAGGCAAUUGGCGUUUUCGUACAAAAGGAAAAAAGGCAG